GGACUUUUGUCUGCCCCGUGUGACCUUGAUGUUCCAUGUUGGGUAGGAGGGUCAUCUGAAUUGUGUCCUGGAUUUUAAUGCAGUGCUUAUUAGUUUAUUUCUUCUCACGGCAUGCAAAGGCGCAGUUCGUUGUAUGGCCACGUGUAAUACAAAUGGACUUCCAAAGCAUCAUGAAGAUUCCAUUCUAAGUGGGGAUAGUCUUAUUUCAAUUGCCCAACCCCAUAACAUUUCUGAUAAUACUAUUGAAAGAAAAACAACCAAUUCUAUAAUGGCUCCACGAACAGGUCCUUAUCUUGUUUCAAUGCCUAUACAGUUAAAUGGUACCUCUGAUCCAUGUAAAAGUAAUGCUGCUGAUGAUGAUAAUGGUGAUACUACAGUGGGAAAUGCUGCUGUUGUUGUUGCUGUUGACCAAUCUAUUAGUAUUCACCAUCAAAUUCCAGUCAGCAGUAGUAGCAUAUCAAAUUCCCCUCCAGUUGUUGACAAAAACACUUCAAGUCCUAAUGUACAAACUAGUCAGAUAUCUUCCUCCUCCUCAUCAUCAACAACAACAGUGCCAAAAAGGCGAUCCGUACGUGACAAACGGAUUACAAAUUCUGAAAAUACUAUUCAAUAUCAUGCUUCGCUGACACAACGUUUAAAUGUAUGUAAUGAUCGUCUACUUCGUAUUCGUACACGAGCCUUAGACUUAUUGACACGCUUGUCAGCUUGUCAUGACUCUUCAGGAUCACAAAAUGGUGAUAAUGGUGAUGAAUCACUGCCUAGUUCUUUUGUGCCUAGUCUUAUGUCAUGGAAUUUGACAAAUGAAGAUACAGAGAGUAGUACAGACAAUGAUGAUGAUAAUGAUGAAGCGGAAAUGAUGAAUAAAGCUUUGUCCAGUUCUAAACAGUCCUGGUUGUAUACUCGUUCUGUGACACACUCGAAUUGGCAAUGGUUACGGAGUGAAAUAGAAUCAUCUAGAAUGUGGAUGCAAGAACUUGAAAAAUUGAAGCAUUAUGUUCAUAAUUCAGGAAAAGAAUUCAAGGAUGAGGAGGCUAAUAAUAAUAAUAAUAACAAUAAUAAUAGUGGUAGCAGUAAUAGCAGAUACACUUCCAAAGAAAUAACCUGUUCACGUGUGUCUCCUUACUGUGUUAACAAAAGAAAGCCGCGACACACUUACCACAAUCUCUCCUCACCGAAAUAUGCUCAUAUCAUGCAAGAGUUUAAUGAGUAUUCUGCCGGUGAUCCCCACAUCAAAUGUUCUUGUAGUCCACCGUUUAUUGGACCUUGUAUUUUGUGUUGUGGAUGUGAACCAUCACCACAACCAUCUGGUGUUUGUUCCGUCGAAUUGUCGAAUAAGUCAGAUGAUCAAGACUUGCUCACCUCAGCUCGUUCAUUGUGUACACAUAUUCAUCCGAAAUUAUCAAUCCCAGGAGAUGUUCAAUUAGCUCUUCGUUUAGAAUCCCGUCUCUCCGCCUAUUCAUCAGUUCAUUUCCGACCACAUAAAGCUACUGUGCAUUCAAUACAAGCUUAUGAGAAACCAAAGCACUUACGGACCCUGGAUUCAAUCAAUAAUAAUGCUAAUAUUUCAUCUCAGUAUAAAGAUAAUGAUAAACCCAAUGAAUCGGCAAUACGUCCAACAAAAUCAUCAGUCCCACGUUCAAAGAAUUCUCGUUUAAAGAAACGAAAAUUAGUCACAUCAAAAAAAUCUCAAAUCAACUCAUCAUCAUCAUCCUCACUACAACCAUCACCACCUGUACUUUCGACGAAAUUACCUCGUAAAACUCAAAAAAGUGCUAAGGAAACCGAAGCUCAAUGAUACGCGGAAACAAAUCCAUCCAUUAUCAGGGGAUACUAUUUAGACGACAGAUGAUAUUUGUGUCAUCUAUCUCGGUAAUUCUUCCGCAUGUGUAUGUGUGGGUGUAAAUGUGUUUGACGUGUCUGUCUGUAACAAAGAUUAUUAAUCAGAUUUCUUAUUUAUAUAUAUACAAAUUAAUUUCAUUUCUCUCUACAUACAUACAUAUGUGUAUACACAUCUUUGUCUCCAUGCCAAUUUUGUUUCAUAUAAGAAUAUUAUCUCAACUACUGUCACAUCAGUACAUAUAUAUCGGUCGGUUGAUUGAUUAUGUUGCAGUGGCUUGUUGAAACGCACGUUUUUUUUUGUAAUUUUCAGCAUUUAUCACAUCUAGUCCCCUUGUAUUGUAUUGUGUUCUCAUUCUUUUCAUCCCUACGUUUGUUUGUUUGUUAUUUUCGUACAUAAGCGCAGACCAUCUUAAUUCUGUUUUUCUUUUUGUGACGACACUCUGUAUGCGUAGAACUGGAAACCUGCUCCGGUAAUAUCUUUCUGUUGUGUUGUAUUGGCUAUUCUUCUCAUUCAUGUGAUGUUAGUACAACAGGGGUGAGUUUUCAUCAGGACAACAACAACACCCGCCGAAAAAUAUACAUGCCCCUCCUCAACUUCCCUCAUUUUUUGCCUUUUUUACUUUGAAUAAUCCAAAAAUUCUCGAUAUACAUAUGUAGUAGUAUCUUAAGUGUAUUAUAUUCACAUAUUUGAAUAUUUUGUGUAUACAGUACAGUCAAUGUAUUCAUGCAUGUUCCAGCUGUCUGCCUGGCUGUCAGUUUAUCUCUCUCUCGCUCGCUCUUGAUUUGUCCCCUUUUUUAAAAAAGAAUUUCUUCAUUAUUCAUUUGUAUAUUUUGUAUAUUUCCCAGCACCAUUACAUAUUAUGAUUACAUUAUGAAAUAAUGAAGUCAGUGCAAUUUCCGGUGCUUACUUUUAUGCUUCGUCUUGCAAUGACAUGUCAUUAUGCGAGUAUAGGGAAAUAAUCUACUUUGUGAAUACACUUAGUGAUGAGCUUGCGUGUUGGAGGGCACAGAGGGAGUUUGUCAGCCUAUCGGCAAUUAGUCUUGGUUAUCGAAUUUUCAACCCCUCCUUUUUCGUUUUGGUCUUGUAGUUGUAUACUUUUACCAUUGAUGAUGUCUUUUAACAGUGACAUCUGCGUUUUGUCAUCUAGGUUAUUCUGAUAGGCUAUAGAAGACUUCUGGACGACUCUUUAUCGAUAUGGAAAAUGAUCUGAAUU